GCGGCUUAUCGCAUCGCCAGUUGCCAGUUGCAAAUCAGACCUCUGAGCAGGAGCAACAGCACAGCGGCAACAGCAACAGAAACAGCAACACCAACGCCAGCAACAUCAACAUUACACAGCAGCAACAUCAGCACGUGUGCCCCUAAGUGCGAUUUCAUUUUCAACGUUUAACUUUUUUUUCCAAGUGUUACAUUUUUUUUUUUUUUGAUUCGUGUGUUGUGCAUCCCAAAGUGCUUGAGAAUUUAAAAGAAAAAUAAUAGUUACAAAGCCAUAUUACUACCACUACUACUAUACAGAAGAAAAAAGAAAAAAAAGGCAAAUCAAAGUGCACAACUGUUAAGUUAAGUUAAGUUAAGUAAAGUGAAGUGAUGUGAAGUGAUCGCCGUAGGAACUCUCGAGACUCGGACUAAAAACUAAACUAACCAUAAAACUUGUUGCAGGGCCCCCGCCACAAAACCCUUAAAAGGUAACUCCGGAAAAUAAAACUAUAGACGUUCGGGGGCGUUGUGUUUGUCAAAGCCAGAUCAAGAAAUAUCCAAAUGACAAAAUGCCAUAAAUAACGCCUAUGAAAAUAUAUAAAGAAAAAAAAUACAAAAAUUAAUCGCUUUUAUAGAUUGUUAUCAUCGGUUUUCUAUAAGCGUUUCGCUGAUUAAUCAACAAGGUAUAAGCAAUUGUUUAUUUAAAAACAAAAAGAGCUGCCAGGUGAUUAAUGAUGCUAAAGAGGGCAAAAAGUGAUGGGGCGGGGGGGGGGAAAGCUCUAAAGGCGACUUUCCCAAGGGAGAUUUUAAGAUCAAAGAGUAGAUGGGUAGAUGGAAAAAACAGGUACUGAAAAGCAGGGAAUGAAAAAUGAGAUUUCACAACAAAGCCUGGCUUUAAAAAUACAGGAAAAACUGCAGGGUUGUAUAAAAAGAGAACAAAAAAUAUUGUGAAAUAUUUCGUAAAUGAUUCAUAUUUCCAAAAAAUAGUUUUGGGCGAAUAUUUGAGAAUGAAAUUCUAAUUAGCAACAAUAAUCUUUUGAGAAAAAGAACUUCAGCAAUAAAACUGCAAAAUACACUGAUAUACUCGUACCUAUCACAUUAAUAUCAAAGAAAAAAAUGCCCCGGCAUAGUCUUUAAAUUUUCCAGCACUCUUUCCUCUACAGAUUUCUUAUCUGAUUGAAAAUUUUCCUUCUUGCAAAUAGCUUAUUAGCCCCAAAUAUCCAAGCAAAUGAGGGGUUGAACUAGAGCGGGUUUUUUGAUCCCAAUAAAAAUUCGACCAACACUUUCGAUGACUCAAACAAAAAAAAAAAUCACAAUUGCUACAAAGCAAACACAAAGUAAAGAAAAAAAAAAACUACUAGCCAAAGUUUUCAUAUCACUUGCUAUCGUCCACAAAACAGCAAUAGCAAUUAGCGUUAUAAACGCAUAAACUCUAUAAAAAUGUGUCGAAUUUAGAACCGGAAAGUGAAGAGGGCGAAAUCUGAAGGCGGGUAGUAAAUAUAUAUAUAUAAAUAUAUAUGUAUAGUAAGACAUAUAGUCAGUCACUAAGUCGCCCACUUCUGAGGGGCUUCUGUUUCUUUUUUAUUUGUAUUUUUCAUUUAUUUUUUUUUUUUUUUUUUUUUUUUUAUGGUUUUUCACUUACUUUGCCCUCACUUAGUCAGCCAAACGAAAUGCGAAAUGCGGCCGUCUGUCUAAGAAUUUUUGGCAGCAAUCAAAAUUAUUAGACGUUAGCCCAUAUAAGAGAGACCCUGCCUAUGGCAACAACAACAAAUCCAACAAUACAAUGGCCCACGAAAAUUAACACAUUUUGACGAACUUUUUGUACGACUGGCAAAGCAAUUUAAAAAUGUGUCUUUCUAUUCUGGCCCCCACCCGAAAAUAAGAAAACUAAAUGAGACAUCAGCAAUAUGAACGAAAUUGCAAUGCUCUUUUGUUUUACGAAGGGACAAUUAUAAGUUCUAUUCUUAAUUUGAAAAUUAAUAAUAGAAAAAGAUGAAAAUAAUAAACUCCUUUAAAGUUGGAUAUUUUCUGGCAGCUAAAAUUUAAUUCAAUUAAAUUGAGCUUUUUAUCCCUGAAAUUCGCCAAGAGAAUUUCGAAAAUUGAAACUUCUAUGCUAAUCCAGUGAAAAAGCCAAGAAGCCCCCAAAGCUAUAGAAAAACGCCCAAAAGACAAAAACAAGAAAAACACGAAAAAAAAAACACCCAGCAGAGGAAUUCAUCAAAAUUGAAAUGCUUGUGGGUCGGUUGUCUAAGUGCUCGUGUCGCAUAAUUAACGCAUUCCCUGGUGCAGUAAAUGGUAUAUGACCAAAUGGUAUGUGGUUGGUACGCGUAUCUUGAUUCUGGCUGAGGCAUAUAUAUAUAUAUGUAUAUAUUCUCUAAAGGAUUUUGGGGGAGAUGAUGAUGAUGAUGAUGAUGGGGUCACACAUAAUCAUCAUCAUGUUUAUCUGGGCUUAAAAUUUCGCUGGCAACAAUAUAACACGGCGAACACAAAACCGAAAAACACAGAAAUUAUUUAUAAAACUGAGCAGUCGAGUGGAUGAAUAUGCCCGUUUCUUCUGCCCGCUCCUGUAUUUUAUUUAUUUAUUUUUUUUUUUUUUUUUGGUGGGGCCCUGAACAGCACGUUAAAAAUAAACCAAAAGCCAAACGGCAGUGGACGAGACAAAACUGUUUUUCACAAAAAAAAAAAAAACCAAAAAAAAAUAACCAAAACACGAAAAGCCGCAAAGGUGUAAAAUAUAUAUUGAAAAUGCUGAUUUUCCCUUUUGUUUGCAUUGCGCGUUAAUUUCCACAGCAGCAGAGAUAAAUACAUAAAACCAGAAAUUCCAAAGAAACGUAAGGAAAAAGCUAAGGCUAAAAAGCAAUUAAAACAAAUUGUGCCGUAAGUCAGGUCGGUGGGCUUACAGCCCAGUUCCCCUACAAAACAUAAAAAAAACAAAAACAAAAAAACAAAAACAAAAAACAGAAAAAAGUGAGAGAGAGAAAGAAAAGAAGGAACCACCGCAGGAUCCAAAAGGAAACAGGACCCACCGCUUCACAAAAGAAACGUUCUUGAAAUAAAAAAAAAAAAACAAAAAAAACGUGAUUAAAAAAUAAAAAGGAAAUCAUGUCCCAGGAGAGUAAUGGUGGUGCAGCAGCCGGAGGAGAAGGACCUGGUGGUGCAGGAGCAGCCGCAGCAGCACCACCACAGUAUAUAAUUACCACACCCAGCGAAGUGGAUCCAGAUGAAAUCCGUUCGAUGGCCGACUUAGAUCUGGGAACUCCCGAAAAGCAAGUCCAAGUGCAGAGUCAGAAAUUCUCCAGCACAUCAAGCAGUACCACUAAGGUGGCCACAAGAUCCUUUUCGAUGAGUAGUACAUCCAGUGGAUUGCAGCAGCAGCAACAGCAGCAGCAGCAAAAUAAGCUAGAAAAUAGCCAGCAAAUUCAACAGAUUCAACAGCAACAACAGAUCCAACAGCAACAACAGCAAUCCCAAAAGAUCAUAUCCAGUUCGACGAGAAGCCAGAGCUUGCAAUCGAGCACAAUUGUUGGUGAGGCGACCACCAUAACGAGUGGGGCUACCCAAAUGUUGACCGCAGCGCAAGCUGCAACAUUGGCCCAACAGCUAAAGGCCCAAAGUUCCACCUCGAUCAUUACUAGUAGCGAACAGAGAACCAGUACAAGUACCAGCAGCAGCAGUAGCACACGUUUCAUAGCCAGUGGUUCUAGUAACUUGGCCGGUGGUAAUACCAAUUCGGCCAGCAGUAAGACUCGUUUCCAGAGUUUCCUACAGCAACCAGAAGGUGCACAUAGUUUUUUAACAGCUCAUCAGAAGCAUGUUCGACAAUUUGUCCGAUCCACAUCAGCACAUUCGGAGGCAGCUGCCGGAGUGGCUGGAGCAAGGCCAGAAAAAUGUAUACGUAGUGCAUCCACACAAAUCGAUGAUUCCAGUGUGGCUGGAGUUGUGGAAUCAUCGGGAAGUUUAGUCGAUAGCUCAGCCACCGGUGGCUCUAUGCAGUUGUCGAUGAGCAAAUUGGGUUUGCAGCAAUCCUCCUCCAUUCUGAUCUCCAAGUCUGCUGAAACCAUUGAGAUGAAGAGCAGCUCCUCGUCGGCCGGCAUGCGAACUCAGUUGACCUUGAGCGGUGGCUUCUUGGCACCGCCUGGUAGUCGAAAGAUCACCAUUUUAAGUCCCAUUCAUGCACCGCCGGGUCUGCAUGAUAUGCUCAAGCGGGCACAAGGCAGAUCGCCACUCUCGCCGAGGAUCAGCUUCCCAGGCAGUGAUUCGGAUCUAUUCGGUUUCGAUGUAGAAAAUGGCCAGGGCGCUCGAUCACCGCUCGAGGGCGGCUCUCCCAGCGCCGGUUUGGUUCUACAGAAUUUGCCGCAGCGUCGCGAAUCAUUUCUAUAUCGCUCCGAUUCCGACUUUGAGAUGUCGCCCAAGUCUAUGUCCCGAAACUCAAGCAUCGCUAGCGAAAGGUUUAAAGAACAGGAAGCCUCUAUACUCGUUGACCGAUCCCAUGGCGAGGAUCUCAUUGUGACGCCUUUCGCCCAAAUUUUAGCCAGCUUACGUUCAGUGCGCAACAAUUUAUUAAGUCUGACAAAUGUUCCAGCAUCAAACAAGCGGCCAAACCAAUCCUCGUCUGCCUCCCGAUCGGGAAAUCCACCGGGAGCACCGCUGUCCCAGGGCGAGGAGGCCUACACCCGCCUGGCCACCGACACCAUCGAGGAGCUGGACUGGUGCCUCGACCAGCUGGAGACCAUCCAGACCCAUCGCAGCGUCUCCGACAUGGCCUCGCUCAAGUUCAAACGCAUGCUCAACAAAGAGCUUUCACACUUCAGCGAAUCCAGCAGAUCGGGAAAUCAGAUUUCCGAAUACAUUUGUUCCACAUUUUUGGACAAGCAGCAGGAGUUCGACUUGCCGUCGCUGCGCGUGGAGGAUAAUCCGGAGCUGGUGGCGGCUAAUGCAGCUGCCGGUCAGCAAUCUGCCGGUCAGUAUGCACGCUCCCGCUCGCCACGCGGUCCGCCGAUGUCGCAGAUCAGCGGCGUGAAGCGGCCACUAUCGCACACCAACAGCUUUACCGGUGAACGGCUGCCCACCUUCGGUGUGGAGACGCCCAGGGAGAAUGAGUUGGGCACCCUGCUCGGCGAACUGGACACCUGGGGCAUCCAGAUAUUCAGCAUUGGCGAGUUCAGCGUCAAUCGACCUCUCACCUGUGUGGCAUACACCAUAUUUCAGAGUAGAGAAUUACUGACCAGUCUUAUGAUACCACCGAAAACUUUUCUUAACUUUAUGACUACUCUGGAGGACCACUACGUCAAAGACAAUCCGUUUCACAAUUCGCUGCAUGCCGCCGAUGUGACCCAGAGCACCAAUGUGCUACUCAAUACACCGGCGCUAGAGGGCGUUUUCACACCGCUCGAGGUGGGCGGGGCACUGUUCGCCGCUUGCAUCCACGAUGUUGAUCAUCCCGGCUUAACCAAUCAGUUCUUGGUUAACUCAAGUUCCGAACUAGCAUUAAUGUACAAUGACGAAUCUGUUUUGGAAAAUCAUCAUUUAGCUGUUGCCUUUAAAUUAUUGCAAAAUCAAGGAUGUGAUAUAUUCUGUAAUAUGCAAAAGAAACAACGCCAAACAUUGAGGAAAAUGGUUAUUGAUAUUGUGCUGUCCACGGACAUGUCCAAGCACAUGAGUCUUCUGGCCGACCUGAAGACAAUGGUGGAAACGAAGAAGGUGGCCGGCUCCGGCGUCCUGCUGCUGGACAACUACACCGAUCGCAUACAGGUGCUCGAGAAUUUGGUGCACUGCGCCGAUCUGAGCAAUCCCACCAAGCCGCUGCCGCUUUACAAGCGUUGGGUGGCCCUGCUCAUGGAGGAGUUCUUCCUGCAGGGCGACAAGGAACGUGAAUCGGGCAUGGACAUCAGUCCCAUGUGCGAUCGCCACAAUGCCACUAUCGAGAAGUCGCAGGUGGGCUUCAUCGACUAUAUCGUCCACCCACUUUGGGAGACCUGGGCGGACCUGGUGCACCCAGAUGCCCAGGACAUACUCGACACGCUUGAAGAGAACAGAGACUACUACCAGAGCAUGAUACCGCCCUCACCGCCGCCGUCGGGAGUCGAUGAAAAUCCACAGGAGGACAGGAUACGCUUUCAAGUAACACUGGAGGAAUCCGACCAGGAGAACCUCGCCGAGCUGGAGGAGGGCGACGAAAGUGGUGGGGAGAGUACCACCACCGGCACAACCGGAACCACCGCUGCCUCCGCGCUGGGCGGGGCUGGUGGCGGUGGCGGCGGCGGUGCUGGAGGGGGCGUGGCUCCCAGGACGGGUGGCUGCCAAAACCAACCGCAACACGGUGGAAUGUGACGGAGAGUCGUCGGAAUUUAUCGCAAAUUACAGGAAAAGGCUCACAACUUUUUCCUAUUACGUUAGUGACUACUAUUAACACACAAAACAAAAACGAAAAACUACAAAAAAAACAAAGAAAAACUCUUGGAAAAAUGCAAAAAAAAAAAUAAAAAAAAAAAAAACAAAAGCCAACUAAGGAAAUAUUAAACAAAUGUUAAAAGCAUACAAAAAUCCAAACAGCAAUAGCAAAAGUACCGUUUAACUUAUAAAGCCUAGAGAAAAAGGAAAUUAGAAAUUUACUUAAUGGAAAAACCGAGAUUGAUGUUGAAAAUACACUGAAAGAAACAGGAGGAGAAGAGCUAGCUAAGAGAAAUCUUACAUAUUGUUAAACUUAAACACACACCCAAAAAACACGCAGACUAAAUCCAAGACAAAGCAAAGGUAAUGAGAACCCCCAUUUAUAAGUAAUACUAAGAAGAUCCCAAAACUCCCCGCUCCCAAAAAAAAAAAUCCCAUUAUAUAGACGAUUUUUGUUGCAUGUGUAGGCAAAUGAUUUUUGUUAAAUUCAUCUGAAGUAGGACAUCAAUCGGGGGGGGAAACCCCCUAAAAACAAAGUCUCCUCUUUUAAACCAUUGACUAAAGUGAAAUAUUUAAACAAGAAAAAAAAAACAACCAAACGGAAAGGAUAAAAUUAAUACUAUUUAGCUUAAGAGAAGUUUUUAAGUUUUUAAUGUUUUGCAUGCCCCUACACAGAUUCAUUUUACUUGAUUGAUAAAGUUAGAUCUAACUGAUAACUGAUAACCGAUAAACGAUAACAGCAUCUUCUGAAGUUUUUUUUAAAUAUAAUUUAGACCCCAGCGAUAAAAGCGAACUAAGCAACCAUGUAAAAUGUAAGAAUCCCAGUGAAUUAAACCAAAAUUGAAAGCCA